GGAGGCGCUCCCCCCGUGCCGGCGCGGAAAUUACUCAGUGAGACAGGCAGAGGCAGAGGCAGAGCCUGGGCCCGGGCCGCCAGCACCAGCACCAGCACCAGCACCAGCACCAACACCGCCGCGGACAGCCCCUGCAUAGCGGAUCCGCACCAGCAGCCUGGCAUCCCCGCAACCCAAGCCAGGCCAGGUCCCUGCACCCUGCCCGGGACUCCGGGAUUCUGUGUGUCUCUCCCCCACCACCCCACCAACACCCCAGCUCUGGGCACCCUCACUGCUCCCCCUCUACCACACACUCUCAGUCUCUCUCUAUCGGACGCUGAGAUGGUGACUAAAGCCGAGAUCCUGCCUCCCCUGUUGACGGAGCCGCUCUACCAGUCGGUGGACACCUACCAGAAGCUGGAGGAGGUGAUGAUGACCGGCACCUUGGUGACAGCCUCCACCGACCAGCCGUUUUACGGGGAACCCCUGCAGCAGUUUGAGCAUCUGUCAGCAGACACGUUCACAGACAUCUCCCCUGGAGCCGAGAAGAACCUGAUGGAGCCGCCGUAUUCGGCGCAGAGCUGCCGCCUCCCGUCCAUCGCCUACACGGGCCGCUUCUCCCUGGAGCCGGCUUCCAGCUGUAACAGCCUGUGGCCGGAGCCCCUCUUCAGCCUGGUCAGCGGCAUCGUCAGUAUGAGCAGCGGCGGCGGCAGCAACCCGCCUCCGGCCAACCCCGACAGCGACUCCGAGGCGAUGUGCCCCGCCGCUUCGGCCGGUUUCGGCGGCUCCGGCUCGGAGAUGUUCCCGGGACAGUCGGACGGCUUCGCCAGCGGUGCCAGCUCCAUCCAGUACCCGGCUUGUACCAACCCAAAGGGCUUCCAGCUGCCGAUGAUCCCGGACUAUCUGUUCUCGCAGGCGGACGAUCUGAACCUGGAGAGUUCCGAACAGAAACCUUUCCAGAGCGUGGAACCCAGAAGCCAGCCCUCUCUCAUCCCCCUGUCCACCAUCAAAGCCAUAGCCGCCCAGAGCAGCGGUCCUGAGGCCAAGAACACGGUCACUUACACCUCGCAGCUGACCAAGCCUUGCAGGCUGAGGAAGUACCCGAACCGACCCAGCAAGACCCCUCCACACGAGCGGCCGUACGCCUGCCCGGUGGAGACCUGCGACCGGCGCUUCUCCCGCUCGGACGAGCUGACCCGCCACAUCCGCAUCCAUACCGGCCAGAAGCCGUUCCAGUGCCGCAUCUGCAUGAGGAACUUCAGCCGGAGCGACCACCUCACCACCCACAUUCGCACCCACACCGGCGAGAAACCGUUCGCCUGCGAGGUCUGCGGCAGGAAAUUCGCCCGCAGCGACGAGCGCAAAAGGCACACCAAGAUCCACCUGAGGCAGAAGGAGAAGAAAGUCGACAAAGCCCUGUGUAUCUCCAGCCCGCCGGCAAUCUCCUUCCCCUCCCCAGUCUCUAACACUUACCCCUCCACAAUCGUGGGCACCUCCUUUGAAUCCCCUGUCACUAACACUUACCCCUCUACAAUUGUCAGCAGCUCCUUCCCCUCCCCGGUCACUAACACUUACCCCUCUACAAUAGUCAGCAGUUCCUUUGAAUCCCCUGUCACUAACACUUACCUGUCGACAAUAGUCAGCAGUUCCUUUGAAUCCCCUGUCACUAACACUUACCCCUCUACAAUAGUCAGCAGUUCCUUUGAAUCCCCUGUCACUAACACUUACCCCUCUACAAUAGUCAGCACCUCCUUUGAAUCCCCUGUCACUAACACUUACCCCUCUACAAUAGUCAGCACCUCCUUUGAAUCCCCAAUCACUAACACUUACCCCUCUACAAUAGUCAGCACCUCCUUUGAAUCCACAGUCACUAACACUUACCCCUCUACAAAUCUAAGCACUUCCUUUGAAUCUUCAGUCACUAAUACCUACCCCUCUGCAGAAGUGAGCACCUCCUUUGAGUCCCCAGUCACUAACACUUACCACUCCUCAGUCGUUAGUAACAGUUACCCAUCAGUGACCUCCUCAUCCUCUGAGAUUGCACCCACUCUAACACCAAGGACAAUUGAGAUCUGAAAUUAUUCAGGACUCCAAUAUUGGACUUGUUUUUAUAUAAAUAAAUUUCACCUAGCUAUUGUGUACUUGUGUGCCAAGCAUUACCCCGUCACAAUUCUGCAGAUGCUAUUCAUGUGAAGAUUGUUCAAUGGGGUAAGGGGUGGGGGGGUGGGGGGAAUGUUUGCAUAUUCCAUCCUGUAUUAUUUGGAGUUCGAGGGACAUUUGGGAAACCUUUCUAUUGUGCAAAUGCUAUCAUCGGUUCCUUUCAAUGAAACUAAAAACGUACCUGGAAUGCAAUGAGGUGCCAGCAUGUGCAGGAGAUGUUCGUUAUUCUGUGGAGGUCGCCUCGAUACUUGCCAAAUGACAGAUACUUCCUUUGUCUCUCAGUUGGUUUUAAAACUAUAAGAAGUCUGUGUGCCUUCUAUGUGUAGCUUGCUGACGUGUGUCUGUUGGUGGAUACACUGCAUUAAAGCCUUAAAGGUGAAAGUGGAGAGAUGGUCACUGAAGGCACUUUGCUGAUGGAAGGAAUAUCAGAGGGAAGGGGGAAAAGGGAAGAAAUGCCAAAAGAACAUUUCUUUCGAAUGUAAGCAAAAAAAUAUCUAAAGUAUAUUUUUGUAAUCUAAGUGUAAAUAGAUUCAGAGCCCAGAUGUUACUGUUACCUACCGAGUAGGCGUGUAUUUUUUGUAUGUUCUCAACAUGCGUUUUGUAUGGUGGAUACAUUUCAACAUAGUGUUUGUAAACGGAGCGCCUGACUGUUCUCGCUUCUUACACAUUGGAAUGCGCUUUACUGCCAAUUGGAUAUUUGGUGUACAAUAUAUCCUUGCGGAAAAACAAAAAAUAAAUCUUCAAAAGAUUUAUCUCUUA